UCCGUAAGGAUAACACCCACUACACGUGUUAUAUAUACAUAUACAAGGCCAAAGCAACAUAACUAUAUUAUACGUAUUAUACACUUUGAUUCAAAUUAACAUGGAAACCUCUUGCCUAGAAUCUCCACCACUUCUUCAAGACAUGAAAGUAACCAUCCACGAAACUUCAAUGGUUUUUCCUUCCAAAGAAACUCACCAGAAGUCCUUGUUCCUAUCGAACAUAGACAAGGUCCUCAACUUGGACGUGGAAACGGUUCACUUCUUUGCAGCAAACAAAGACUUUUCACCUCAGAAAGUGGCCGAGAUGUUCAAGAACGCUCUAGAGGAUUCUCUAGUGGUCUAUGACUUCUUAGGUGGAAGAUUGAAGCUGAACUCCAAAACCAACAGAUUGGAGAUAGAUUGCAACGCAGAGGGUGCUGGCUUUGUGGUGGCUUCAUGUGAAUACAAGUUGAGUGAGAUUGGGGACUUGGUUUAUCCCAAUCCAGCUUUUGCAAAAUUUGUUCACAAGAGUAAGGAUUUUCUUAAACCAGGUGAUCAACCACUAUGCGUUGCACAGCUGACAUCUUUCAAAUGUGGUGGCUUCGCAAUCGGGUUCACAACCAGUCAUACCACCUUCGACGGACUCAGCUUCAAAACUUUCUUAGACAACCUCGCCGCGUUGGCUGCUAACAAGCCCUUGGCUGUGAUACCAUGCCACGACAGGCACCUCCUGGCCGCACGAUCUCCGCCACGUGUCAGCUUUCCACACCCCGAGUUGAUCAAGCUCGGUAACCUACCCACAGGCCCCGAGUCCGGGGUCUUCGAGGCCUCCAAAGAAGAACUCGACUUCAAGGUGUUCCAACUAACCUCAGACAACAUCCUCAGCCUCAAGGAAAAAGCCAUAGGUAGCAGCGGUUCCCGUGUCACCAGGUUUAACGUUGUCACCGCCCAUGUAUGGAGGUGCAAGGCGUUAUCCGCACCGUACGAUGCUGCUAGGGCAUCCACCAUACUAUACGCCGUGGACAUACGUUCACGGCUGAACCCUCCGCUGCCGAAAGGGUAUGCCGGCAACGCGGUGUUGACGGCGUACGCGACAGCGGAGUGCGAGGAACUGGAGAAGGGUCCUUUGUCGAGGUUGGUGGAGAUGGUGAGGGAGGGUACAAUGAGAAUGAGUGAUGAGUAUGCUAGGUCUAUUAUAGACUGGGGAGAGAUGAAUGAGGGGUUUCCACAUGGGGAUGUUUUGGUGUCUUCGUGGUGGAGAUUAGGGUUUGAAGAGGUGGAGUACCCGUGGGGGAAGCCUAGGUAUUGUUGUCCUGUGGUGUUUCACCAGAAGAAUAUUGUACUAGUGUUACCUCCCUUUGGUGGAUGUGGUGGUGAAGAUGAUGGGAUCAAUAUUAUAGUGGCUCUUCCUCCCAAGGAAAUGGAGAAAUUCCAGAGUCUCUUUUACAUGUUUUUGAGUUGAGUUUGAUGGGGAACUGUUUGUCUAUUAUCUUAUAUACGAUUAUCUAUAGGCUUAAUAGUUAAUAUUAAUGUAUGUUCGGUGUAAUAAGUCAUUAAUUUGUAUUUCAAUAUAUGGAUGAUGCAUUACUUUAUCUUUAACUUGUAAGUGAUGAUAUUGGAACCAUAAUAAGGUUGCUGAUCACAUUUUGUUGUAGCGUACUCAUUCCUAAUGA